AUGUUAGGCGGUCUACCCGGACCCGCUUUCAGCGAGUAUACCCAGCUCAGCGUACCGGCGGAUCAUGACAUGUUUCAUAAGGCGGCUUCCUCCGCGAUAUGCAGAAUGCUCGGUCUGGAGUUGCUAUUAUCCAGCUAUCCAACUUUCCGGGUCCUUCGAGAACAGGAUGGCCGCUCUGACGUCCCGCAUCUGCUGCUAUUCCGCGACCCAGGUAGCAAACUGAGCAAAGCCAUUGGCAGUAGCGCAUAUGUUGUGCGGAAGGACCGAAAGGACCUUCAUCCGCUUCAUCUAGAAGCACUCAUCAGCUUCAUCAAGUCCAAGGUGUACCCAAUAAUCUCCAAAUUCGGGAAGGAGAACCCCGAGGGUAAGUUAUCUCUGGACCAAAUAGGCGAAAGGAUUCCUCCGGACAGCUUCAAGAAGUUCUUCAAUGCUUUCCGAGCUGAGAAGGCCGAAAACGACGCUAGCCUGCUGGCGGUUCCUUAUCCCUACGAAGUUUGA